GGACGAGUCUGACGUCACCCCAGCAGCGGUCGUGGUGGUGGUGGGACUGCUGCCGCUGUACAUGCGCACUGCAAUAUCUGGAGAAUGCCUACCGACCAGGAGAACUACAAGUGAACUGAAAACACUCACGGAUGAUUUGUCGUCGUCGCCGCUUCAACGAAAAGGCGAGAAGCGUCCACGGAGUCUCGAAGGUAGCGUGAUUGGCUUUUUUUAGUGUGUGAAGGAGAUGCGACAAAAGGCACUUUUGACGAGAGCGCAUAGCUAACAAGCUAGCGGGGAAUGUGUCUCUCGGAGGAGCCUGCUAGCUUUUCUUCUUCUCUCGCUCCACCGGCGGCAGAGAACCUGAAGCCCGACUAACCCGUGGUUUACCCAACUAGUUUGUUCGAGGGUCGUCUGCAGCUUGAAUGGGACAUCGGUCCUGGGUGCUGUUGAUGGUGUAGAUGUAGGUGGUGUUGUGAGGUGAUGGUUCAUGUCCUGCUUCUCACUGAAGCCAGCCCGGUUCUGGACCGUCCUCCACUGCUGAACUCUGCUCUGCCCGGGACCCCUCUGGACGAUCCUCUCCACGGACACCGACGAGGGGUAUCGGUGUAGGUGUGUUUCACGUUUUAGCACAUUUCAUAGCAGACAAAUACCAAAAACCGCGGAUAAAAACGUAGUGCAUAAAAAGGUAAACAAAGAAAGUAUGGUGCUUUUUUGAGACACGAGACCCUCUCUUCACAGACCAGUAUGGCGAUGGUUUAAUACACACUAAGGGUUGAUGAGAAGAUACGGUGGAUGACCAAUAUACAUCGCCCACAUGCCCUGGACCGAUCGCUGGAUUUGUGCAAGGCAUCCGAAGAAGCGGGCGGUGGGGGACGUGAAUGCAACGACUGUGCAGCCUGGGGGAAGAUGGCGGAGCGAUCCCGUCGGAGGUGGUGAACGUGAAACUUUUGGUCUCCUUGGAAUUACUGCUCGACAUCUCGGCCCACACCGUUGGACACAUGCAGGCCAAAAAACGGUAUUUAAUUCUGUUCUCUACCGGUGCGUGUGUCAUUCUGCUGUUCUGCUUUGGGGGCAUCCAAGUGCCUCUGCCUAGGAGGGGUCCCAGCAGGCGCGAUGGCCGGAGCUUUGGCGAUGAUCGCGGCGUCGCUUCGCAGUGGCGUCGCUCCUCCGGGACGCUGCCGCCCCUGGAUCCGUGGGAUCAGGUGGAGACGGAAGAUUACAACGGGCACAUAUCGCCGCAGCAGAAGCGGGACUCUAUCUCCGGUGUGUACACGGGGAGACAGUGCAGGAUGGACUCCUGCUUUGAUUUCCUGAAGUGUAAGAGCAACGGGUUCAAAGUGUACGUCUACCCCCUUCAGAAGGGGGAAAAGAUGUCAGAGAGUUAUCAAAAUAUAUUGUCCUCCAUUGAGGGCUCCAGGUUCUACACCUCUGACCCGGCGCAGGCGUGUCUGUUUGUCCUGAGUUUGGAUACUUUGGACCGGGACCAGCUAUCGCCCCAGUAUAUACACAACCUCAAAGCAAAAGUGCAGAGCCUUCCCCUUUGGAAUGGGGGCAAGAACCACAUCAUCUUUAACUUGUACUCUGGAACGUGGCCCGACUACACGGAAGACCUGGGCUUUGACAUCGGCCACGCCAUGUUGGCCAAGGCGAGCAUCAGCACAGAGAACUUCCGGCCCAACUUUGACGUCUCCAUCCCCCUCUUCUCCAAGGAGCAUCCUCGGACCGGAGGGGAGAGGGGCUACAUGAAACAAAACUCCAUCCCCCCAUACAGGAAGUACAUGCUUGUUUUCAAGGGCAAGAGGUACCUGACCGGUAUAGGGUCAGACACAAGGAACGCCUUGUAUCACGUCCAUAACUCUGAAGACGUAGUCCUUCUCACCACCUGUAAACACGGCAAAGACUGGCAGAAGCACAAGGACGCCCGCUGUGACCGGGACAACGCAGAGUACGACAAAUAUGACUACCGAGAGAUGCUGUACAACUCAACCUUCUGCCUGGUGCCACGGGGGCGACGGCUGGGCUCCUUCCGCUUCCUGGAGGCACUGCAGGCGGCGUGCGUCCCUGUGAUGCUGAGUAACGGCUGGGAGCUGCCUUUCUCAGAGAUCAUCGACUGGAAUACGGCGGCCGUGAUCGGAGACGAGAGGCUGCUGCUUCAGAUCCCGUCCACGGUGCGCUCCAUCCACCAGGAUAAGAUCCUCUCGCUCAGGCAGCAGACACAGCUCUUCUGGGAUGCCUACUUCAACUCUGUUGAGAGGAUAGUGCUCACCACGCUGGAGAUCAUCCAGGACCGGGUGAUGCGGCAGAGCUCCAGGAGUAACCUCAUGUGGAACAGCCUACCUGGGGGUCUCUUCGCCCUGCCUCAGUACUCCACCUACCUGGGGGACUUCCCUUUCUACUACGCCAAGCUCGGUAUCAAACCGUACCCCAAGUUCACAGCCAUUAUCCAUGCCGUGACGCCACUCGUCUCCCAGUCCCAGCCAAUCAUCAAGCUCCUUGUGGCGGUGGCCAAAUCCCAGUACUGUGCACAGGUGAUAGUUCUUUGGAACUGCGACAAGCCGCUUCCUGCAAAGCACUGCUGGCCUACCACUGCUGUCCCUCUCCUCGUGAUAGAGGGGGAAAACAAGGUGAUGAGCAGCAGGUUCCUUCCCUACGACACCAUACCCACCGACGCAGUCCUCAGUUUGGACGAAGACACGGUGCUCUCCACCACAGAGGUGGAUUUUGCGUUCACCGUGUGGCAAAGCUUUCCCGACCGACUCGUGGGCUACCCGGCCCGCAGCCACUUCUGGGACGGCAACAAAGAGCGCUGGGGCUACACGUCCAAGUGGACCAACGACUACUCCAUGGUGCUCACUGGGGCCGCCAUUUACCACAGAUACUACCACUACUUGUACACGACGUACCUUCCCGACAGCCUCAAGAGCAUGGUGGAUCAGAUGUCCAACUGUGAGGACAUCCUGAUGAACUUCCUGGUGUCGGCCGUCACCAAGCUGCCUCCCAUCAAGGUCACCCAGAAGAAACAGUACAAGGAGACCAUGAUGGGACAGACGUCGCGGGCCUCUCGCUGGGCCGACCCGGACCACUUCGCCCAGCGUCAGACCUGCAUGAACAAGUUUGCCAGCUGGUUUGGCAGCAUGCCCCUGGUGCACUCCCAGAUGCGGCUGGACCCAGUCCUCUUCAAGGACCAGGUGUCCAUACUGCGCAAGAAGUACAAGGACAUCGAGCGGCUAUAACCCUACCCAAGCGCACUCCACCCCUGGGUAGAGGCGUGGGGGAAAACGCAUGGAGAUCCAGUGUUUUGGAGGAAAUGAGUGCGGAGGACGGUUGGAUGGAAUCUGUCGAGGCCCCCCAUCUGGUUAAUGCUACCCGCCUGCUCUCUCUCCUGUCGUGUCCUGCAGGGGCGUAAGUUGGCAUUGUGAACACUUUGAGGUCAGGGAUGCUGGUGAUGCUGGUUCAGACCAAAAUGUGGUCCAGAAGGAGCAUCUGAGCUAACCCUGCACGCCACUCCAGGCUCACAUGUUGAUAGUCACAGACUACGAGACGAUGGGCAGUUGGUCGUUUUACAGAUAGUCCAGGUCACAAGGUCUUCAAGGAAAGCUUGAGUGGUUGGAUUUUAUGGAUCUUCAAGAACAAGUUCUCAACACCUGCUAAGUAAAUGCACAGACUCAAAGCAAAGACUUUUGGAGGCUGGAUAUCAUUCAUAGUAACGACCACAACAAAGAGGAUAGGCUUAUUUUGGAAGAGUGUAGUUAUUUUUUUAAUAUGGUGAAAGAACGGCCGGUGUUAUUCAUUCUCUCUCUUGAUCUUUCUCACUUUCUCUCAAACCCAAUCCAGCAUGGCGGGUGAAGGACAGACCCCUUCCCUGACUCCCUUAGCAACAGAAAUUAAUCAUGAUUAACAAAGAAUUUUCACAGUGCCUCAAUAUAAAUCGAAUUUCAUUGGGAUUUGGGAGUCCUGAAUAGUGGACUUGUGUAAAUUAGCACCUUGAUCUUGCUGCUUUUCAAUGCUUUUUUUGUUCUUGUUUUUUGCUUUUGUCCCGUUUGUUGUUUUUUGCCCACUUUUCUUUCCCUAAGAGGAAAUUGUUCAAACUCUAUAUAGGUAUUCAAAAUAACACUAACUUUUCUGCUUUCUAAUCAAAAUGUCAUUCAUUCUCAACAGAAUUCUCUUUUUAAACAAACACAAAAUUAGUACAUAAUAAGCAGCAAUCAUAUUAAUCUCUUUGAUUAGCUCAAAGUAAGUACUUCAUUAUGUUAAGACGUUUGAGAGUUUCCACAGAAACAUGCUAUGAAUUUGGUGGAAAAUCUGUGAACGAUGCCAGUUAUUGCCCUACUUCUCACACAGACCCAUGUUUAAUAAUUUAACCAAACUGCAUCAUGUCUUUCAUCGUUUUAGUUCUUCAUUAUUUUUUAAAGAAAUGGCAGUUUUGAGGUUUAAUGUUAUUCGGCUUCAUGAACAGCCUGAAGUGUUACUUGAAUGUGUUUUUAACCUGAAGAUAAACGGAGGAUUGCUUAAAAUGCCUUGUUGAGUGAACGUGAGUUGUUGAGGAGCAAACCAGUAAUCGGUUUUCUAAACUCUCCUACUCUCAGACAGUGGUAAGACUCACACCGGCUUUAUGGAUGUUAGUCAAGCGGUGACACCUUCUCAACUAACUGAUUGAACAAGCAGAAAUGUUAAUAUGCAAUGCUAAAGGUUUUCCUAAUUAUGCAAAAAGGCCUAGUCUGAUCAUAAAUUAUCUUUCAAAUUACAAUUUUAUUUGAUUUUAAUGUUUUGUUAAUUUACUCACUAUUGAUUUUUUUUUAACAUACUAAACUGUUGCUCUCAGAAAGAGUUUGGUUCAAACAAUUUCACCAAAGUAACAUAUAUCCUGCAAAUUCUAUAAAUUAUUUGGGUACAAUAAUGUCCGGUACUGUUAAUAUGACACAAAGAAUGUCAAAUGGCUUGAUAACAUCUGAAUAUCAUCAUGGACUGCAUCGCAUCAUUAAUGUAUGCCUGGUAAUUUAUUUUACGCAGAAUCUUAGAUUGAGCUCAGAGUAAAGGAUUUUUCGUUUGUUUGUGUAGUCAACGUAGCUCAAGUCUAUUCCUCCUGUGGUCUUGACAUGUCAUAUCAAGUUGUUUAUUUUUGUAUUUUAUUUUGACUUAACUGGAAUGUGCUUCUAUUUCUUUCCAACUUUUAUUCUUUAUCGAAGGGGUUGUUGUUCAAUGAACUGCCAAUGGAUAUUUUCGUAGGAAGCCUCCAAUGAAUUUGUGGCCAAACAUCACCACAGUUCGUCUAAUUUGUCUUUUACUUUAUUCUUCUGGCCACAUAACCUACCAUCCACCCCUUAACUUGUGCCAAUUGAUCAUUUCUAGGGAGUUAUUUAUGAAAUCGAAAAAUAUUGUGUGAGUGAACAGGAAAUUAUUGAUUGAAAGAAAGUGUGUAGAGUGUAUUGAGAGUUUGUAUGGAUGUGUGUGAAAUUCCAGAAAACUUCAUGGUCACAUGAAACCAAAUUGUUCUGUAGAAGUUAUCCUGGUGCAAUAUGAGAAGGAUACAAAUUUAAUUUGAUCUCCACCCUAUCUAUCAUUUCUAUCUCAUUUAGGAUAGUGGUUUGUAUUAUCAAUGUGCCUUUAAAGGAAAGACACUUUUGAGUUCUCGGCUUUGUGUAAGAACAAGUCUGUUCUUUAUUUUCUUCAUUUUAUUUUUUCUUUCGUAUCACUUUGAGUUGAUGUCCAGUUACACAUAACUGCACCCCUAGAAGUCAUGUAACACUGGAAUGCUAUUAAGCUUUAUCAUUUACCACACAUAAAUGGGACUGACAUUCCUGCAUUCUCUGUUGUAGGAAACUUUUAUAGGCAUUGUAAGGCUCAAAAGCCCCCUCUGGUCUCCACAAGUAUAGUAAUAUGAACGGUACCAUUACACCCUUGUACGCUGUAUCAGACAUAAUUUUAUGGGGAUUUUAACUUUGCCUGCUUCCUUCACUCUAACUACAGACCUAAUUUUAUAGAUGGAAAGAUAGAGGAAAAAUCACUUUUUUAAACGGUUUUGAUAAAUAAAAACCAGAUGAAAUAAAACAUUUGAAAUAAUCCACCUGUCUUUGUUUUUUCUGUUUUUACCGUAUAGUCAGCCAACAAC